AUGGAGCCCUUCCCGUUCUUGGCUGUGGUUUCCCCUGAAGCUGCAGGAGGUACUGAAGUAUACAGGCUGCUUGCUGUGGAUGCAGAUGAAGGGAUCCAUGGAGCUGUAGAAUAUUUUCUCUUGGAUGGUGGUGAAGAUAGAUUUGAAGUUGAGAAGGACACUGGCUGGGUUAAAACAACAGGUUUGCCAUUGGUGAGGGACAAGGAGUAUUUAUUGACUGUACUAGCAGCAGAUAAACUUGGAAGCAGAGGGUCUCCAGCCUCUGUCUCUGUAAUUGCUGGAUUUCGACCACCACAGUUCACCAACAUAUCAUACUUUGUUUAUAUUCCUGAAAGUAUGCCGCAAGGAAAAUCCUUUCUUACAGUCACUGCUGUAUCAUAUCAAAAGAAAUCCCUGAGCUACAGUUUACUAACUAAUCCUAGUGGUCUGUUCAGUAUUGAUCGGGCAACAGGAGAUAUCGGUUUAACUCGGAGUGUGGAUUAUGAGAGUGACCAACACCAGUAUCUUCUUUUGGUCAGAGCAGAGGAAAAUGAGGAACAGUUCAGUAGUGCAGCUGAGGUUUUGGUUGUAGUCACAGAUGUGAAUGAUUGUGCCCCCGAAUUUCAUCAGUCGAUUUACAGCAAAGUUGGUGUUCCUGAAACAGUUACUAUGACAACUGCGCUUCUACAGGUGACAGCCACGGACUGCGAUUCAAAAGAGAAUGCCGAAUUACUAUAUUACACUUUGAGUCAAGACUUCAGUAUUACUUCUCAUGGUACUAUUUUUCCAGCAACACAGCUGGACUAUGAGCGACCUGACCAUCUUUAUGAGUUCAUAGUUAUGGCUGUAGAUAAAGGGGAAGAGCCGAAGACUGGGACAGCAACUGUUAGGAUCCAUGUUUCAAAUGUGAAUGAUGAAGCACCUGAGUUUUCCCAGACAAUCUACAGGAGUUUUGUUUCUGAAGAUGCAGGCCCAAACACACUGAUUGCUACGGUUAAUGCUGUUGACCCUGAUGGAGAUGGUGUGACAUAUGAUAUUCUGUCUGGGAAUCAGAAAGGAAACUUUGUUAUUGACCCUAAGAAAGGGCUAGUUAGACUUCGUUCAAGUCCAUUUCCUAAGCUGCAGGGGACAGAAUACGUACUUAAUGUCACAGCUACUGAUGAUAAUGCCUCUGGAGGGCCUCAUUCUCUUACAAGUAUUGCCCAGGUUCUUGUGAAAAUUGAUGAUGUCAACAAUAACAAACCUGUCUUUCAGAAGUGUCAGUAUUAUCAGGAACAUGCUUCUGUAUUGGAAAACCAGCCUUCAGGGACAGUAGUACUGCAGGUUGAAGCCACUGAUGCUGAUGAAGGAGCCAAUGGUAUAGUGAAAUAUGGCUUGAUGCACAGAGGUGGUGUCUUACCAGCAUUUAGUAUUCAUCCUAACACAGGAGUUCUGACAACUGUUCAGGUAUUUGAUCGAGAAAAACAGAGGGAAUAUCCUAUCACUGUGACAGCAACAGAUCAGGCAGCGGAACCACUCAUUGGAAUAUGUCAGAUAAAUGUUAUCAUCCUGGACCAAAAUGACAAUGAUCCCAGAUUUGAAAACACCCAAUAUGAAUAUUUCCUAAGAGAGGACACAAGAGUUGGGACCAGUUUUCUUCGUGUUGCAGCCCAUGAUGACGACUACAGCUCAAAUGCUGCCAUUACAUAUUCGAUAGCGAACGAAGAACCAAAUUAUUUACAAAUUAAUCCUACUACAGGCUGGGUGUUUGUGAACCAACACAUAUCUCAGAGGUCAUCUAUAAUUCGAGAGAUUGUUGCUACAGAUGGAGGUAAUAGGAGCAGUAAAGUUGAACUUGUGGUAACUAUUACCAGUGCAAAAAACCAGCCUCCGCAGUGGGAAAGAGACAGCUAUGAAGUUGUUAUUCCAGAGAAUACUACACGAGAUGCAUCAAUUUUGACAAUCAAAGCAACUUCUGCCCUUGGUGAUCCCCGUGUGACUUAUAACCUAGAAGAGGGACUUAUUCCAGAGACCAACAUGCCAGUUCGUUUCUACCUGACUCCAAACAGACGUGAUGGUUCUGCUUCAAUCCUGGUAGCUGAGCCACUAGAUUAUGAAACAACAACGAGCUUUCUACUGAGGGUUCGAGCACAGAACGUUGCUGCGGUUCCUCUGGCAGCAUUCGCUACGGUCUAUAUUAAUGUAACAGACGUCAAUGACAAUGUCCCAUUCUUCACUUCAUCUAUUUAUGAAGCCUCGGUAACAGAGGGAGCUGGUGUUGGGACAUUUGUCGUUCAGGUGUCUGCCACCGACCUUGACCUUGGUCAGAAUGGUGAGAUAACUUACUCCCUGUUACAUGAUAGUGGCAGAGACUACACAUAUUUUCGCUUGGACUCACAGACAGGCUCAAUAUACACUGCCUCAGUGUUUGAUAGAGAGAAGAAAGGAUCUUAUCUUCUAGAAGUCAAGUCAGUAGAUGGCUCUGAAUCAGCUCGACCUGGAAAACGUGGGAAGCCAAACUCUGACACGGCCUACGUGCACAUUUUUAUCACUGAUGUGAAUGAUAACAAGCCUGUCUUCACUCAAAGUGCCUAUGAAGUAAAUGUGGAUGAAGACCAGGAUGUGGGCUCAACUAUCAUUAUAGUCAGUGCUAAUGAUGAAGAUGAAGGAACAAAUGCUAAAUUACGGUAUCAGAUCACAGCUGGAAACACAGGAGGAGUACUUGAUGUAGAACCAGAAACAGGAGCCAUUUUUAUUGCCCAACCACUGGACUAUGAAGAAACAAAAAUGUAUGAGAUUCACUUGUUGGCCUCUGACGGGAAAUGGGAAGAUUAUGCAGUUAUCAUCAUCAGUGUCAUGAAUAAAAAUGAUGAGACUCCAGUUUUCUCUAUCAAUGAAUACUAUGGAAGUAUAAUUGAGGAACUGGAUGGGUUACCAGUCUUUGUACUUCAGGUUAUGGCAAAUGAUCCUGAUAGUAACGUGGAUGAAGGAGAUUUGAGAUACUCAUUGCAUGGGCACGGUGCAGCUGAUAUUUUCACAAUAGAUGAGAAAACAGGCAGCAUUUACUCACACAAGAUGCUGGAUCGGGAAGAGAGAGCACUGUGGAGAUUUGUUGUAUUGGCUACUGAUGAAGGUGGAGAAGGACUUACGGGAUUUGCUGAUGUAAUUAUUAAUGUGUGGGAUAUAAAUGACAAUGCACCCAUGUUCACAUGCAUGCCUGAUGAUUGCAACGGGAAUGUCUUUGAAAAUUCUCCUGCAGACACAUUAGUCAUGGAAAUGGGUGCAGUUGAUCGUGAUGAUCCAAAUGUAGGUCUUAAUGCUGUCCUGACUUACAGGAUAACAGAGAAUGUAAAAAAUGAGUUUGGUACUGACAUGUUUAAUAUCAAUCCCAAUAUUGGUACAAUCCACGUUGCGGUAGGAAUGCUAGACAGAGAAAGGACUGCAAGUUAUUUUCUAACUGUUGAAGCAAGAGAUGGGGGAGGGCUAACAGGAACUGGCACUGCCACUAUCUGGAUUGCAGAUGUCAAUGAUCAUGUACCUAAAUUCACAAAAAAGAUGUGGCAGGCAACAAUUCCUGAAAACAGUGCCAUCGACUCAGAAGUUCUGCAAGUGUGCGCUACAGAUGCAGAUGUUGGGGAAAAUGCUGACUUAACAUUCAGUAUCAUCGGGGGAGACCCAGAUCAGAAGUUUUAUAUUGAGAAUGGCAAAGAAUGGCAAUGUGCCACUAUUCGACUGAAAAAAAAAUUGGAUUUUGAGAAUGCACGUGAAAGGCAGUUUAAUCUUACUAUUACAGUGGAAGAUUUUGAUUUUUCUAGUAUUGCAGUGUGCCUGAUUGAAGUUGAAGACUCUAAUGACCACAGCCCUGUUUUCCUUUCUCAGUUUAUUCAGACAAGCCCUUUCGUUGAAAACGUGCCUGUAGGUACUACAGUAACCACAGUGAGAGCUACAGACAAGGAUUCUGGUUUGAAUGGGAACAUUAUCUAUUCUAUAAAGUCAGAUUCGGAUCCUAUGAGACAGUUUGUGAUUGAUCAAUAUGGUCAUGUGAUUGUGGCAAAUACACUAGAUCGUGAAGUCAUGCAAAAAUACAGUUUAGUUGUACAAGCUUCAGAUCAAGGGGCACCUGCCCGCACUGGAAAUGUUACAGUUUUGAUUAACUUGCUUGAUGUUAAUGACAAUGGACCAAGGUUUGAGGCACCAUACAUGCCUGUAGUUUGGGAAAACAUGAAGCCUGAAAUAGUGUAUAUGAACCAUACAUCAGAAUUGCUUCAUGCAUUUGAUCCAGACAGUGAAGAAAAUGGGCCACCUUUUACAUUUUCAUUGCCACCAGAUUAUCAGAAUUCUUUGGAUUUUUCUCUUACUGACAACAGAAAUAACACAGCAACUGUAACUGCUUUGAGGUCCUUUGACAGAGAAAAGCAGAAGGUGUUUCAUCUGCCAAUAGUUAUAACAGAUAGUGGGAUUCCAGCCAUGAGCUCUACAAACACCCUAACUAUAACAAUUGGUGAUGAAAACGACAACUGCCAUGAAUCUGGCUAUAAGGAAGUCUAUGUGUACAGUUACAAAGGAAAAUGGUCAACAACAGUGCUUGGGGAAGUGUUAGCACCAGAUCAAGAUGACUGGGACAAUAAAACAUUUCUCUCUGAAGGAAAACUGCUCAAGUUUACGUCUAGGUCUUUCAGAUUAAAUCAGAGGACUGGUUCUUUGAUGAUGGUGGAUAACACUCCUCAAGGAAUACACAACUUAAAAAUUAGAGUUUCUGAUGGAGUUUGUCCUGAUGUUAUAUCUACAGUACAAAUCCAUGUCAAAGAGCUGGAAAAUGAAGCCAUACAAAACUCAGCCACUGUGCGUCUGUCAGAUGUCACAGCAGAGGAGUUCAUAAGGAGAGAUGAACAUGGCAAAACGAGAUAUGACAAGUUCAAGGAAUUACUAGCAAAAAUGUUACCUGCUAAGCUUAUUGAUAUCGUUGUCUUCAGCGUGAUGAACACUGACGGAAAACAGACAGAUGUAAGAUUUGCAGUCCAUGGUGGCUCGGCGUAUUACAGACCUGAGAAACUGCAUGCUCAGAUGGCAGCAUUUAAAAAUGAGAUCCAGUCAGCUUUACAAUUGAACAUUUCACAGAUCGAUGUAGAUGAAUGUAGGAGUGCAAAUUGUAGUGAGGGCAACAGUUGUACAAACGACCUCACCGUGAGUGACAUCCCAACAGUGAUGGAUACUGGAAGCCUGUCAUUUGUCUCGGUAACAACCACCAUCAAUGCGGUCUGCACCUGUUCAGCUAGGGACAGAGUUCAUCGGUCUUGUUCCUCCUACUCUCAAAGCCCUUGUCUCAAUGGUGGAAUGUGUAUUGACACUUUGAAUGGUUACAGAUGUCUUUGUCCUGCUUCGUUUCAUGGACCAGACUGCCAGCAGACUAAGCACAGUUUCCAUGGAAAUGGUUAUGCAUGGUUUCGUCCCAUCAGGCCUUGUUUUGAAAGCUCACUCUCUCUAGAGUUUAUUACUGUGGUUCCAGAUGGGCUUUUACUAUACAGUGGUCCUUUAUCAAAUCCAGAACCUGGGAGUACAGAAAACUUCAUUGCAAUAGAACUCUCCGGUGGUAUUCCUGUGCUGAAGAUGAGCCAUGGCUCAGGUUUUGUGAUGCUGCAGUUUCCAAGUCACCUGAAUGUAGCAGACAAAAAAUGGCAUCAACUAGAAGUCAGAACCAGUGAUGGAAAACAGAGCAGGAAAAAACCCCAGCCCUUUUUGCUUGAUGAGAAAGAAGACAUCAGAGAAAAUAUCCUCAACUACAAUGAAGAAGGGGGUGGGGAACAAGACCAAGAUGCAUACAACAUGGCAGAACUGCAGGUGUCUAUUCAAACCAGCCCAGCCUAUUCCCUCUACAGGAAGAGAGAACAACCAGCAAAACCGCACAGUUUCUUUAGCGAUGCGUCCCCGAGCGUGCCGGAGCAGACCGCAACAUCAGCGACUGCAGAAGCCUCUUUUACGAGCGGAGACUUUGGUCAGUACUUGUCAGGCGUUGUCAGAGAUGCUGACCGUCAUCCCCGGGCUGCGCCCCACGACUCACUGCAGGUGUUCUGCACCGAAGGGGAAGGCUCGGUUGCUGGCAGCCUGAGUUCCCUGAGCUCCUCUGAACCGGAUGAGGGUGUAGCGUUCGAUGACAUUAAAGAGUGGGGACCGAAGUUUGAGAAACUGAGUGAACUGUACUCACACGCAGAUGCAGAAGACGUGUAG